CAAGCAGCCGCCUCUAACACUUCCUGUCUGGAUCCAGGGUUUUUACUUCAUAUUGGUUCUGUCGCUCCGUGUGAGGAGGGAGUCGACCCGUGUUCCCAGCCCGGGUUCCUGCAUCCCUCCCCCGCACAGCAGCUAGCUUCCCCGCGGUGCCACAGCGGCUGCUCGCCCCGCAGCGGAGAGGGAACAACCUGCCUCUUACUCAGGACUUGACUUCUUCAUAAACACGCUAAGGAACCACUCUCCUGGGGGUUCCCAUCUGAUGGAGCAGUGCUUGUCGGCCCACCAUGUUUCCUUGUCACGUAAGCCCCUGGCCCUCUGCUGAGCCCCCGGCCUCCUGCGGCAGCCAUGCAACCCCGGCGCAGCCCUCACAGCCCCUCCCUGACCUGCUGUGCAGCUGUCCCGCUCCACCUUUGAACACCACCCCUCAGACGCCUUCCCCGGACCCCAUGGAGUCCCUCAUAGUGAUCACGGAGUACGAACCCAGCAGGCCGACUGGGGAGGAGGAGGUAGAAGAUAUGGACAGUUCUGAGACGCCCGAGCCGGCCUCCUCUGUGGCGGCGCCCUUCCCGACCUCGUCCUGCGACCUGCUGUCCCACACAGUUUGCCGGUCGGCGUCCCUGCUCCCCCAGAGCCAUGAGCAAAGGGGAAGACUGAACAUGUCAGACAGGAAACUCUCUCUGCAGGAGCGCUCGCAAAGCGUGGCGUCGCCCUGCAGCUCCCCAGGACUCAACGGGCGCUACAUUUACCCAUCGCUACCGUACUCACCCAUCACAUCACCCCACUCUUCUCCACGGUUUCUCCGCCGACCCACUGUGGAGUCGCACAGUGUUUCUAUCACAGACCUCCAGGACUGUGUUCAACUUAACCAGUAUAAGCUGAAGGACGAGAUUGGAAAGGGCUCCUAUGGUGUUGUGAAGCUGGCGUACAACGAGGACGACAACACAUACUAUGCGAUGAAGGUGUUGUCCAAGAGGAGGCUGAUGAGGCAGGCAGGUUUCCCACGAAGACCUCCCCCUCGUGGAGCCAAAGCAGUCCCUGAGGGCCCCCCCCAUCUCAAAGGACCCCUCGAGCGGGUCUAUCAAGAGAUUGCCAUCCUGAAAAAGCUGGACCAUUCCAAUGUAGUAAAACUAGUGGAGGUUUUGGACGACCCCAGCGAGGACCAUCUGUACAUGGUGUUUGAGCUGGUGAAGAAAGGGGCUGUGAUGGAGGUACCAACAGAUAAACCUUUCAGCGAGGACCAGGCACGCUUCUACUUCCAGGAUCUGCUCAGGGGAAUUGAGUAUUUACAUUACCAGAGGAUCAUCCACAGAGACGUCAAACCCUCCAACCUGUUGGUGGGAGAAGACGGACACAUCAAGAUAGCAGACUUUGGAGUCAGUAACCAGUUUGAGGGAACCGAUGCUCUUCUGACCAGCACAGUGGGAACUCCUGCUUUCCUGGCCCCUGAAACUCUGUCAGAAACCAGGACGAACUUCUCUGGAAAGGCUUUGGAUGUUUGGGCCAUGGGAGUGACCCUUUAUUGUUUCGUCUUUGGAGUGUGUCCUUUUAUGGAUGAGCGCAUCAUCAGUCUUCAUCAGAAAAUCAAGACACAGCCUGUAGUGUUACCUGAACAAGCUGACAUAUCAGAUGAUCUCAAAGAUUUGUUGCUCAAAAUGUUGGAUAAGAAUCCAGAGACCAGGAUAUCAGUCACACAGAUGAAGGUGCACCCGUGGGUAACAAGGCACGGUGCGGAGCCGCUUCCUCCAGAGGACGACAACUGCUGUCUGCUGAUCGAGGUCACGGAGGAGGAGGUGGAGAAUUCUGUUAAACACAUCCCCAGCCUGGCUACAGUGAUCAUGGUGAGAACUAUGCUGAGGAAGCGUUCUUUUGGGAACCCGUUCGACUUGGGCCGCAAAGAGGACCGCGGCAGCUUGUGUGCUCCAGGGCAGACGCUCAUGAAGCAGGAGAGUGGUGAUGGCAUGAGGACCAUGGACCUUCCCUACGUGGGAGAAGACGAGGCUCUCUCCUGAUGACCAGGGUCCAAAAUCCACCCCCGCUGCACCACACCCCUUUACUCACGCUUUUAUACUGGCAGCCUACGCCCACAUGCGUUUCCUGGUGGAGGUGGAGCGGACGCAGAGAACAGAGAGAAAGUAAAGGAUCUGAGGCACUUUGACGACCAUUUGCUUGUUCUCCAUUUUCCGAGGCUUUAAAGGGAAACUUGUCAAAACUCCUAGAGAGGAUCCUCCUGAACAUUGCACUUGUCUGCAGCUCUCAUCCCCCAAACCAGUCUCCUCUCUUCUCACCCUGCAUGCAUGUAUAGUCUGUGCAUGCUUCGUCUCAGGCUUCAACUGUACAGCUUUGUGUUUUACUUGUAAUUUAGCCACUCGUGUUUCUCCUUGUCCUCACGUGACGAUACUUUCAGGUAACGGGUGGCCGUGGAUGACGGUUCAUGGGGGGGGGAUGGUUGUAUUCGCAAUCACCUCGACCUGCUCUCCAUUGGAGCAGGUUUUUAUUGACGAUGAAUGUCUGGCUAGCUGUGCUUCAGAGCGGCAGGGCCCAGUUCGGUCAAAUUUGUGUGAAUCAUCCGGACAGUUUUCCCCUAAAAAAUGUAAAAAAAAAAGGGCAGCGAUAUAAUGUUUACGUCACUGAAUGCAUGUGUUUACUUUCCCAAUGCAACACGGUAUAAGCUAUUUCUGAGCACUGGCACGCACAGGACACACUUUGUUUGAUGCAAUUCUUUCCUAUGUCAGUCUUACCACUGGCUCUUAAUUGAGUCUCAUUUACUACAAUCAGUAGAAAGCUUUAAAAACUGUUGAUAUGUUGAUUUGCAAAUUCAUCAUUGCUUUUCAAGAGCUUAGAUUUAGAGCUUUUGCUUCAGUGAGACUUUUCUCAAGUGAGCAGUUGAAUAUUUGUUGGUUUAUGCUUGAUAUUUUUAAGCUUGACAAAAACAGAAUGUGUUGGAGCAAAAUUAUUCUGUAGGCCUAAACAUUUAGACACAAAAUUAUUUCUCUGCUAUUAAUUGGACAAACAUGCGCUCGUUUGCGGUUUCACACUGAAAAGGGAAAAUCGUGGCUCUCCAACCUCAUGUUCAAAUUGGGAAGCUUCUCACUUGUUUUGUUUUGUAUCGUAAGAAUCACUGUUUUUUUUAUUUAAACGCACAUUUUACGGACACCAAAAAACUUUAAUUAUAUAUAAUGUUGUAAAGUGCAGUAACAUUAACAGACAAACCUUUAAACUAUUUGUUCGUGUAAAAUUACCAGAGCUGCUGCAGCAUUUCAGUUUUGAGAUGGGACAGCAUAGUGCAGCUGCAGAUGUGUCUUGUACAAAUCUAUGCAUAUCUAUUGAACUGUUAUAAAGAAACUCUUUGUCAUCGUUGAUUGAAGGACUGGGCCAGUCUGCACAUAUUUAUAUAUAAGCUAACUAUAAAAUAUUUUUUAUUUAUUCUCAUGUUUUUUUCAUUUUUGAUGAUCCCAAAGCAGUAAAAUUAGCACAUUUCCACUUUUGCUCCUUGUGUUUCCUCUUUGUUUUUCUUCAUUUUCUCUGGCAUUAGUGUAAAAGUAGAGAUAGUCACUGGAUGUUAACAUAGAAUAACGACAGAAUAUUGUUUGUAACAUUUCAAUGCUUCCACACAUGAAUAACUUCGGCACUUAAGUGUUGAAUGUAUAUGAAAAGGGACUUUGGAUUCAUUUAUUUUUUACCUUACUACUUGCAUGUCACUCUGAACUGUACCAAGUGUGUGUCUGUUGUAUGACUAGUACUAUGCAUAUGAUGUGUCUUUCUCUGUGUGGUGCAGUGGUGUCGCCCUGUCAGGUUGUCACAUGCAAACUCACUUGGCUGGAUCGGGACGGCUGUUCGAGUUUGAAUCAUUCUCCUCACUUUUCUUUACCGGAUAUUUAAUUCAUGCUGCAAAUAGAGAUGAAAGAUUUAAAUUGCCAAACUGGACUUUUUAAAACACACACAAACCCUUUGUGUUUAUUAUAUUUGCAUGAUAAACAACGAUAGCUAACAAUAUUUUUAAGCCUGUCAUUAACUCAAUUAUUGCAGAAUAGCCAAAAAUGUAUUUCAGACUUUGCAAUGCCACCUCAUUUAAAUACGCCUUCUACUCAUAAUUACACAUUCUGACAUUCUGGAAGUUCCUUCAGAUUCAGAUUAAGCUUUUAAUUUGAGUGAAAUAAGGCAAGUUUACCUCUGAUGGGAGUAAUUUCCGUCCAUGACCAACAGGAAUUGAGUGAAGGACAGUUGACCUCUAAAUGCAGGGUGACGGUGCAAGACACAAAAAAAUGCGGUGUGAUAGGUAUUUUAUACAUACUAUUUAAAUAUUUAAACUUGUAGUUAACACAGUUUUUGAAAAAGGCUACAGUAUGUGAUUAACAUUUAUUAUUCAGAUGGUUUUGAAUUCUGUGGUGUAAUUCAUUUUGCUAAAGAGCUGUGGGGGGGAGGUUCUUCCCCCUGAAUGCAUGCCAACAUACUAUCACACUGUAUUGUCAUAGCAUGUGAGGUCCUCGGCAACAAGACUGGACAUUUAAAUAAAUUAUUCCAUAAAUACUGUAUCUCGAUCAUCAUUUGAAUAAAAUAUUAUUGCCUUUGUAA